GCCGUGGCGGGCGCCUGAGCCGCCGGCCGUUUAACUUCGUUUCGUCGCGGUUAGUGAUCCCUGCAGUGACUCCAGAAGCAUCCCUGAUUCUUGGUGUGUGACGAUAACCCAGCAAUUUAAAGCGCUACUAAGAAGAGUGUGCUGGGGAUGCUCUAGGGAUAUACUGGAUGCUGAGACAAGUUCUGGUGCAAGGGGUUUUGGUUUGCCAAGAAGAAACCGAGUAUCAUGGAUCAGAACAACAGCUUGCCACCUUAUGCCCAGGGCUUGGCCUCUCCUCAGGGCGCCAUGACUCCUGGGAUUCCCAUCUUCAGUCCAAUGAUGCCUUAUGGCACCGGGCUGACACCGCAGCCUGUGCAGAACACCAGUAGUCUAUCCAUUUUGGAAGAACAGCAGAGGCAGCAGCAGCAACAGCAGCAGCAGCAGCAACAACAACAACAGCAGCAGCAGCAGCAGCAGCAACAGCAGCAGCAACAGCAACAGCAGCAGCAGGCCCAGCAGUCCUCAACCCAGCAAUCAGCGCAGGUGGCCUCGGGCCAGGCCCCCCAGCUCUUCCACUCACAGACUCUCACCACAGCACCCCUGCCGGGCACCACACCCCUGUACCCCUCCCCGCUGACACCCAUGACCCCCAUCACCCCUGCCACACCGGCCUCUGAGAGCUCUGGGAUUGUGCCGCAGUUGCAAAAUAUUGUUUCCACAGUGAAUCUUGGUUGUAAACUUGAUCUAAAGACCAUUGCACUUCGCGCCCGAAAUGCUGAAUAUAAUCCCAAGCGGUUUGCUGCUGUGAUCAUGAGAAUAAGAGAGCCACGGACCACGGCACUGAUUUUCAGUUCUGGGAAGAUGGUGUGCACAGGAGCCAAGAGUGAAGAACAGUCCAGACUAGCAGCAAGAAAAUAUGCCAGAGUUGUACAGAAGUUGGGCUUCCCAGCUAAGUUUUUGGACUUUAAGAUUCAAAACAUGGUGGGGAGCUGUGAUGUGAAGUUUCCCAUAAGGUUGGAAGGCCUUGUGCUAACCCACCAACAGUUUAGUAGUUACGAGCCAGAGUUAUUUCCUGGUUUAAUCUACAGAAUGAUCAAACCAAGAAUUGUUCUUCUUAUUUUUGUUUCUGGAAAAGUUGUAUUAACAGGUGCUAAAGUCAGAGCAGAAAUUUACGAAGCAUUUGAGAACAUCUACCCCAUUCUAAAGGGAUUCAGGAAGACAACAUAAUGACUGCCAUGUGCCCUGCCUCUACCACCCACGUGUUCUGAACAAGUACGUUCUGGUACCACGCUCAGGUGUGGGUGGUGGCACCAGGCAGUGCUCUUCCACGCGGCCUGCCGAGGCGUCGUUUGUGUACUAAGAAUACCAUGCAAUGUGCACUGAGCUGCUCCCACUGUACCGCUACCUGGGCAGCGCCCACUUAUUUAUAUUUAGAUUCCAAACACUGUUGUUGACAAGUUUAAGGGACAAAACUUCAAGUGUUAAAACCACCUCUGCAAUUCAUUGGACUUUUGGUUUUUUUUUCCCCAUAAACCACAGUUUUUAUAUUUCUAUCAGAAAAGUAAAAAUCUUUUUUAAAAGUGUUGUUUUUCUAAUUUCUAACUCCUAGGGGUUAUUUCUGUGCCACACACAUUCCACCUUCCAGUAUUGCAGGACAGAACUGAUGUGUUAAUGAAAACAAACAGCUGUACAUAUUUUUCUUCAGAGUACCCUGUACAAUAAAUGCAGUUUAUAAAAGUG